AUGGUCUACAUCCCAAGGAAAUACCGCCAUUACAAUGCGGUGCUCUACCUGAUGUUCGCCGAGUGCCCUAUCAUCUUGCCAGUGCUGAUCCUGACCGGCAUUGCUUCUCACGAUACAUACACGACAAGGCUGUGGCAGGACGGAGCAAACAAUGGCUUCAACAGCGCUCCAAAUCAGAUAGUCUAUGCUUUGACGAACGGCAACUCCUAUGCAGUGCCCAUGGUGUGGAGUUCGUUUUUGUAUAAUUACGACCUCGUCAUUGGCGUACUCAGUACCUUUUUCAUCCUCACCAAGGUCCCUGUCCAUGUCCUGCGCUUCUUCCACCCACCUGUCUCUGCCUUUGUCCACGGCGCCCUCUGCGUUCUCUACGCUGCUGCAGCUAGUUUCCAGGCUGGCCACGACACCACCGACUCUCGUCACCCUCAGAAUGGCCCGCCAUGGUACAUCACUAAGUCCUGUAGCGUUGCCUAUUCCCCAGGUAAUGUGGGAUACUGCAAACAAGCAAAGGCCCUCUUCGCCAUGACUGUUAUUGCAACAGCUAUCUACUUCGCACAGACUGUACUAGCCUUAAUAUCUUGCUUCACCACCAAGGAAGAACGAGAAGCUUACCACCAACGCAAGGAAGAGAAACAAGAAGAACGAGACGCCGAAGACCGGGCACUUCGCGAGUACGAGGAGAUUCUCAAGUCUCCAGCCUUUGGUCCUGGCAUGCCCAUCACCCCCGGUCUGACACCCAUGCAAAGUGCAUACUUCCCUGGACAGCACCCGCAGUACCAGUAUGGUAUGUCACCAUACACUCCGCAUUUCGGCGGCUUUGUCAACUCUGCACCGAGCCCUGCAGCAGUGGCAUUCACCGGCUAUUAUCAACCACAGCCAUCAUCAAUCUCUACUUCGCCCUCCAGUGACUUGCCGCUCCGAGACCCGCAUUUUGACGUCAAGACGCCGUCGUUUGGGGGUCGACAAAUAACGGUAACGGAGGUCGAACAACCCUAUUUCCCGCCACCGCCGAAGAAGGCUACCAAGUAA